AUGAAUAAUAUCAACCAAUUGAUUGUUAAUGUUGAUUAUUAUGAUAUUAUUAUUGAUUUUAGAGUCAAAUUAGUUCAGAUCGUUGCUGAAUGUAAGAAAAGAUUCGAAGCUUUCAAAGCAGACUCUUCAAGUUUACCAUCAGAUAUUCGUUCUACAGUACUUGCUACAAUCGUAAAGAAUGGUGGUGAAGCUGAUCAACAAAUCAUCAUUGAUCAAUAUCUUAAAUCUUCUUUAGUUGCUGAAAAGAAUUCUUACCUUUUGGUACUUGCUUUGGCUCCAAAAGAGGAAUUGGUUGAAAAAGCCCUCAAUUUCGCUUUAUCUCCAUCCGUUAGAAGUCAAGAUAGUUAUAUGGUUUUCUUUACCCUUCCAAAUCGUGUUCGUCAAUUCGCUUGGGCUUACUUUACCAAAAACUUUAAUCAAAUCGAUGAAACCUUUAAUAACUCUCCUUUGUUUGGUCGUAUCAUUGGUAGUUGUCUCACCUCUAAAAUGGAUGAUUCUCAAUACAAUGAAGUCGUCAACUUUUUCAAAGAUCAUCCAGUUCCAAUUGCUGAUCGUUCAAUUAAACAAGAUUUAGAAAUGGUUACAAUUAAUUCAAAUUGGUUCAAAGCUUUUAAUCAAGAUUUAUCAAAUUGGAUUCAAUCAAAAUAA